UUGAGAACAUAGGAGCCGCACUGGAGUAGCAAGCGGGGAGAGAAAAAGGACGGUAGCUGGCCGAGGGCGCUCGAUUCCAGCAGUAACACUUAGCCCUGCUACCGCCAGCUGUGAAACAGUAUGUUUUCCCUCUCGACUACUGUCCAGCCACAGGUGACUGUCCAUCUCAUCAAUGCCUUCCAUUCCCUGAAGAGUUCUGUGGCCACCAGCCCAGUUCAGAGUCACAAGAGAGAUACCAGUCCGGAGCAUGACUCCCAGAGCAGCGAGCCCACGUUGAGCCUGAGGGACCUGGGCCUCGCUGACCUGAGGCCGGAGCAGCUGGACGAGCUGACCGAUAGAUUACUGCCCUGCCUUGCCCGGUUCGAGGAGUUCCCCGCACUCCACCCCAGCCAGAGCGUGUGGACGACGUCCCAUGUCUCCUCGAGCUCCUUCUUCCAGAACAAACAUGGGUUCCAUAGCAGAACACUGGGUGUGCUGGGAGCUCCUGCGUUUUGCAGACAGAGCCCCUCCCCUCUGCAGGCCGUCUGCACAGAGCUGCAGCACUGGCCAGUGUGGAUCCAAAGCCGAGGCUUUAAAACUUUGAAAUCUAAAACCAGACGUCUCCAGUCCAGCUAUGAGCGCCCUGUGGAAUCGGAAGGCUACACUCCGUUCUUCAUGAAGGGGCUCCUCCAGAGGGACAAGGGGCAAGAGGUGGAGACCCUGGACAAGCUGCUGAAGAGCAGGAACAUCCCGGACACCCACCAUGAGGCCUUCAAGACCGGCUUCGCAGAGGGCUUCCUGAAGGCCCAGGCCCUCACCCAACGCACACAAGACUCUUUGAGACGUACACGGCUGAUCUUAUUGGUCCUCCUGCUCCUGGGCAUCUAUGGGCUCUCAAGAACUCCCUUUUUAUCGGUGCGAUUCCGAACAACAUCAGGCCUGGACGCAGCAGUGGACCCCAUCCAGAUGAAAAACGUCACCUUUGAGCACGUGAAGGGGGUGGAGGAGGCCAAGAACGAGUUGCAGGAGGUGGUGGAGUUCCUCAAGAACCCCCAGAAGUUCACGGUGCUGGGUGGGAAACUCCCCAAAGGCAUCUUGCUGGUGGGCCCACCAGGCACUGGGAAAACACUGCUGGCACGAGCAGUGGCCGGAGAGGCAGAUGUGCCGUUCUACUACGCCUCGGGCUCUGAGUUCGACGAGAUGUUUGUGGGCGUGGGGGCCAGCCGCAUCAGGAACCUCUUCAGAGAGGCCAAGGCCAACGCACCCUGCGUGGUCUUCAUCGACGAGCUGGACAGCGUUGGGGGAAAGAGAAUCGAAUCUCCCAUGCACCCUUACUCCCGACAGACAAUCAACCAGCUGCUGGCAGAGAUGGACGGGUUCAAACCAAAUGAAGGAGUGAUCGUGAUUGGAGCCACAAACUUCCCAGAGGCUUUGGAUAAUGCUCUGAUCCGACCUGGACGGUUCGACAUGCAGGUCACAGUUCCCAGACCUGAUGUGAAGGGCCGCACGGAGAUCCUGAAGUGGUACCUCAAGAAAAUUAAAGUAGAUUCUGCUAUCGAGGCGGAGAUUAUUGCCAGGGGAACGGUGGGUUUCUCUGGUGCAGAGCUGGAGAACCUGGUGAACCAGGCAGCCCUGAAGGCGGCGGUGGAUGGCAAGGACAUGGUCACCAUGAAGGAGCUGGAGUUCGCCAAGGACAAGAUUCUCAUGGGUCCUGAGCGUAGGAGUGUGGAGAUAGACGAGAAAAACAGGACCAUCACAGCGUACCAUGAAUCAGGGCAUGCCAUCGUUGCGUACUACACCAAAGACGCCAUGCCUAUCAAUAAAGCCACCAUCAUGCCACGCGGGCCUACCCUGGGACAUGUGUCCAUGCUCCCGGAGAACGACCGCUGGAGCGAGACCCGCUCCCAGCUGCUGGCCCAGAUGGACGUCAGCAUGGGCGGGAGGGUGGCCGAGGAGCUCAUAUUCGGGAGCGAGAACAUCACCACCGGUGCGUCAAGUGAUUUCGACAGCGCAACAAAAAUAGCAAAAAUGAUGGUGACCAGGUGCGGUAUGAGUGACAAGCUUGGUGUCAUGACAUACAAUGACAUGUCCAAGCAGAGUCCAGAAACGCAAGCGGCUAUCGAACAGGAAGUGAGAGUACUUCUGAGGGACUCGUACGAGCGCGCCAAGAACAUCCUGAAGACGCACACCAAAGAGCACAAGAACCUGGCCAACGCCCUGCUGACGUACGAGACGCUGGACGCCAAAGAGAUUCAGAUGGUCCUGGAGGGAAAGACGCUGGAUUCCAGAUGAUGUGCCCCCCCCCACUCGCCUGGCACAGGAAUGUACAUAGGCAAUAGUGCUCGGAAGCACAGACUUCACAACAAUAAAGAACGUAGUUUAUUUUCUUAAUAUGUGAUCAUGUAUACCUUUGCCCUUGAUUGUAUAUGGUUUGAAAGGCUUCCCCCCCCCCAUCCCUCCUUUUCUGUGCAUAGCAGGUCCCCAGGGCUUCCCUUUCUGCCUGUGGCAACUCAGGGGCAUGGCCUUUUGGACUCACACCCACAUUUGGCUUCUUGGUUUAAAAUCACUACAGAAUUCACCACAGGGUCUGUUACCUGUCUAGUUUCAUCAUAUAGGCUCCAUAACCUGCACCCAUCUCCGUUCAUCGAUCGGUCUCUGUGUGAGGCUGGUUGGGGCAAUUGUCUUGAUAAUAAAUGAUCAAAAUGGCUUGCAAAGAGGAAUUUGUAGUUCAGUUCUCUGUUUUCAUGUUCAUUUGUCACUUGCCAUCUUGUGUAGCAUCUGUGUAGAGCGAGUCAGGGGUGUAGUUCAAGGUGGCCAUUCAUAAUGUUAACUUAUUGUCUGUACAGGAAAUCGGGUCGAUAAAUUGUGAGUGUAGGUGGAAUUUCAUGAAGCACUCAGAUCAGUGGCAAAAUGAAUGCACUUAAUGUAUUUUUACUGAAAUUUGGAAAAGUUGAAGGCUGCUUUGCAGUGUUUUGUUAGCCUCUGUCUAAUAAUGUGACACCAUAACCAGUCCAUCACUUGAAUUGCCAGUGUACUCGCAUGCAACUUUGAAGGACUGGCCCCACUUUAGAUGUUAGAGCUUAAUAUAGCAGCCCUUGUGUUUAACAGGGGUUGUGAUAUUAGAAAUGGAAAAACCAUUGCAUGUGGGUUUGUGUAGCCUUCCUGCCCAUGUGUACAUUUCGUGUACAGUUUGCAUAAAACAUAAUAUUAUUUGUGCAGAAGGGAACUCUGGCCUAAUUAAACAAAAAAAAAACCCAAAACAAAAAGCAUUUAAAAGCUUGUGUCUGAGAUGAGACAGGGUUUUCAAGUGUAAAUCAAUACCUUAAACUACAAGAUUUUUUGUUUGGAGUAAAGUUGAAUAGCCACUACAUGUUCCAGUCACUUCAAUUGGAGCAUUCCAGUUAUUUAUCAUAGUUGGGUAAGACCAUUGUUUUAUCUAGUAUAACUUAUUUAUACACAUUAAAAAGCACUUUGGGUUUCUUGUUUAUGUUUCAACUGCAGGAUACAGCCUUGUUUUAAGUAUUUAGCUGUGCUUUGUAGCUGUAGGAGGUAUGUAUGGGAUCCAAGGGGAACACUGUAAAUAAAUGUAAG